UUUAUCAAUGUUCAACAUUCACCAGCGAUGCAGUCCACUCUGGGUACUGCAGGAGCAUCUUGUGAGGACGGCUCCCCGUUCUCAUUCGACAAGGUGCUCUUAACGGAGCGUUGGGAGAGCAAAUCUUAGGCCCUGUAUGGGUAUUCAUUUGUCCCUUUGUCGACUUUGUUUGGCAUAGGGCGAUGUUUGCGCUUGCAGGUGUCCAUCCGAGGAUCGAAGGCAUCAGUUUCUGAGUUCCUAAUUGAGCUUGGCCUUGGCCGAUGGAACUGAUGCAAGAGAACAUCUCGAACAUCUCGUAACUUGCUUGCUAAUUUGCUAGAUAUCGUAGGGUGAUAUACUCUUACGGCGUAGGUUAGGUUCAGUACUCCUGUAUACAUCUGUCGCCCGACGCCUUGGGGUUUGUCAUGAAGACGAUGCAAAAAUUGCUACAAAGUCUGCUAUGUUGUGAUCAAAUCUCUAUGUUUCCUAUAGGGCAUGAGGCAGGUACGAAAUCGGAGGCUAUUUUGACUGACAGACGCCAAGACUUCCUAUUCCGGAAUCUCCGCCGUCGCCUUCAACUGUCCUUGGCUCUCUCUUCCGCUCUUCUUUCUCUCCCUUUCCUUCUGCACUGUUUCUUCUUUUAUUCUGACUUUACUUCUUACUGUCAUUUACCGCGCUCUGCUGUCGUAUACACAAUUUUAGCAGCGUUAGCCUCUUGUCACGAAAGGCAACUACAUUUCUUCCAUCGCAACUUCUACCACCAUGUCCUACAACAAACCAGACUACCCUCCUCCUUCCUACCCGGCACCCGUCCACGACGCCGGCCCCUACCCACAGCAACAAUCCGGCGGCGCAGCCAACGACUACUACAACCAAGGCGGCCAAGGCGGCUACCCACCCCAACAAAACUACGGAUCUCCUCCUCCUCAAAACUAUGGCUACGGAUCGCCGCCGCCCCCAGGCCAGCCGAUGUACUAUCCGCCGCAGGGAUAUCCGCAAGCGCAACCGCAGCCGGGGUACUAUCAGGGUCAGCAGGAUCGCGGAGGGUCAACUGGGGGUGGUAUUUGCGCGGGUAUAAUGGCGGCGCUGGCAUGCUGCUGUUGUUUGGACUUGAUUUUCUAGGAUAAUUCGGUGGUCUUACGGGUCUUUCUGUUGCUUGGGGGAGGAUGGGUUCGGUUUCCUUCGGUUCUCGGUUUUGAACGGCGUAUACGGAUGAAAGGGUUAUUGAAUGACGAGUACUUUUACAGCGAUCAGGCAUGGACCUCAAUUCAAGCAUUCUUAU